ACAGCAGUGGAACGCCAAGAUGCGCUUUUUCGUGUUACUAUCAACGUGCCUCGCGGUGGCUUCCGCCCAAUUAGGAGGAUUUAGUUCGGCCGGUGCCUCAUCCCGUGCGACGGCUGGCAGUUUUGGAGGUGGUUACGGUUCUGGUGGAGCAUAUUCAGGAGCAGACGCUUCAGCUUUUACAGGAACCAGCUUCGGACCUUUUGAAGGAUCGAGCAGUGGAUCAAGUGCGGGUGCCUUGAGCUCUGCUUCCGGAUAUGCUGGCAGUCUCGGAUACGGCGCUGGAGCUGGUGCUGGUGCUGGUGCUAGCGCUAGCGCUAAUGCCAAUGCUUACGCAAACGCUGGUGCUGGAGUGCGUUACAUCGUUAAGCCAGAAAUUGUGAAAAAGCAUUUCUACUAUCACGUUGCUCCUGAAGUCCAUGCUGGAGCCUCAGCUGAUGCUGAAGCCCGUGUUGAAAUCCAGCCACAGACUCACUACAAGGUUCUGUUCAUCAAGGCUCCGAGUGCGCAUGCAGAAGCCGCUGCCCGUGCUGCCGCUCGUACCCGAACCCAGGAGAAGACCAUCGUCUACGUUUUGGUCAAGAAUCCGGAAGCUCAAGCCAAUGCUGGGGCAGAUGCUGCCGUCGAUACUUAUGCCAGUGCCAAGCCCCAGGUCUACUUCAUCAAAUACCAGGGCAAGGGAGCUGGAGCUGGAGCGCAUGCUGGAGCGCAUGCUGGAGCUCAUGCGGGUGCACUUGCCGGAGCUGGUGGAAUCGGCCUUGGUGGUGCUGGUGCCCUCGCUGGAGCUGGUUCGUACGCUAAUGCUGGAGCUGAUUCUGGUGCUGGUUUGCUUGGUUCUAGCUAUGGCGGUGCUGGUGCCCUUGCUAGUGCCGGUGCUAGUGCUACGGCUGGAUCAACUGGAUACUCCGGAGGAAACAUUUUCGGUGCCAGCCCAAGCUUCGUCUAUGGCGGUGCAUCCAGUAAGGCUUCCGCAACGGGAUCUUCCUUCGCCGGUUAAAACUGUCGAACAGUACAAAACACGCAUGCGAACAACCUUUUAUUCGCGUUUCACAAUUAUUCAAAGAAUCAUUGCAAGGAAACGAGAGUGAAUAUGAUAAGCAAACGAUACGGACAAACAUAUAGCCAGUACAUCAAAUGUAAGCUAAGCUAAGCUAGUAAAAUAGAAUAGGAUAGAUUUACGAUUGCUUAGGAUGAACGAAACUCUUUGAAGGUACAGAUAUCGCACACCAGAGCGCGAAAAGAAGUCAAUUUAG